UGUCACUGCGCUCAGACCGGAAAAAAAAAGCAUUAGUUGUAUUUGGGGCACCUUGUGGAAUUAUUUUAAUGUACUGUAGGGUGACUAUAGGUUAAACGACAGUUGUGCAUGUUCUAUUUUUAUGUGUGACUUUAUUUGAGUAUAUCUCCGCUUGGUAUUUAUAUACAACAUAUACGAGGAAGUGAAAACUUUUGCAUUAUUUUGAUCUGAGGUAGCUGGGGUCCAGCGCAAAGAAAAUGGAGCAUUACGUGAAUCACAUUUAAACAAUCCGGUUCAAAUAUGUUGCUGUUUCAAACGUUUAAUUAAAUACCCAUUUUUGACAUAAGAGGACUUUUCAUACUUUAACCGUGAAAUUGUGGAAUUAUAGCUGGUAUCCCACUAUGAUGCGGUGCUUUUUUAGAAAGACUCAUGGCUACGCUAUCUUGUUUUGUUCUCGCAGUACAAACUUAAAUGUAUCUGCAAGUACCAGCUCGGAGCUUUAUGUCAGACAUUUUAGUAGCACUCCUGUAAGGAAGACUGUUAUGCCAGCUUGGGUAAUAGAUCGAUACGGUGAUAAUGAUGUAUUGCGUUACAGUAACAACGUAAUGUUCCCCAUUAUACAUUACCCCAAUGAAGUUAUUGUUAAAGUUCAUGCUGCAAGUCUAAACCCUAUUGAUGUAACAAUGAGAAGUGGGUAUGGAGCUGCCACUCUGAAUAUGAGACGUGAUCCAUUGAACGUCAAGACUGCAGGAAGUGAAUUUCCAUUAAUUCUGGGUCGUGAUGUCUCGGGGGUUGUUAUGGAAUGUGGAUUAGAUGUGUCCUACUUCAAGCCAGGAGAUGAGGUGUGGGCUGCUGUUCCUCCUUGGAAACAAGGAACUUUAGCAGAACUGGUUGUUGUCAAUGGAAAUGAGCUGUCUCACAAACCAAAGAGCCUCAGCCACUUACAAGCUGCUGCUUUACCGUAUGUAACACUGACUGCAUGGUCUGCACUAAUGACCACAGGGGGUCUGAAUAAAGACAACUGCAAAGGGAAAAGGAUUUUGAUCAUUGGUGCUUCUGGCGGUGUUGGAACUGUUGCAAUCCAGAUGCUGAAGUCAUGGGGUGCCCAUGUCACAGCUGUAUGUUCUGGCAAUGCUGCUGAGAUGGUAAUGGGUCUUGGAGCAGAUUGUGUGGUUGAUUACAAAUCAGAGAAUGUGGAACAGCAACUCAAGAAAUUAGAUUUGUUUGAUUUCAUCUUGGACAAUGUGGGUGGUGAUACAGAGAAGUGGGUCACACAGCGUCUGAAGACGUGGUCAGGAGCAAAGUAUGUCACUCUUGUGACACCCUUUCUACUAAACACUGACCGACUAGGUGUGGCAGAUGGAAUGAUGCAAACCGGAGCUACCAUUGCCUCAAAAGCACUAAAGCACCUCUGUAGAGGAGUUCAUUACCGAUGGGGUUUCUUCAUCCCUAGCGGACAAAGUCUGGAUGAAAUAGCCGAACUUGUUGAUGCAGAUAAGAUCCGCCCAGUUAUUGAUCAAACCUUUUCCUUCGAUGAUGUCCCUAAAGCCUUUCAGAAGAUGGAAAGGGGUCAUGCACGUGGGAAGAUUGUUAUUAGCUUAAAAGGAACAAAAGAGUAAUUGACAGUUCUGUACCUCACAUUAUCAGCAACACAGUGUGUAAACCAUGGACAUCAUUUUACAGACUGAAGUACAUUAUUUUACCUUGCAGCUGAAGUGUUUCUACUGCUUUUCUGGAACUGUAGCAGCCACUUAGGUGAUUUCCCUAAGAAAGGCAAAAAGGUGAAAAUAAUGGCCUGUAGUUGCCUUAGGCUACCUGACAGGCAAUUUCCUCACGCUCUUAAUGCCAGAAGACAUAAAUCAUUAUUCCAUACAUGGAAGUUAUAUUCAUCCAAAGAAAUAAGUGUUUGUUUUGAAAUGAGAAAUGUAUUUUUGUUAGCAGGUGAAAGCAAUAAAGAAAAUACCUGUACAAUA